AUGGACUCGGUAGGUUUUCCUCUAUCAGUAGAACCAAUUGCAAUUUACGUGGACGACGUCCAUUUGCUGCAGUUUUCUUUGAAUCUCGAGCACUUACUAGCUGAGUUUUACUUGUAUGGAGCACUGGGUUGUGGUCUUGAUAAAGUCGCUCCGGAAUUAGUAAUGGGCGGACCACCGCCGAUUGGAGCACAGAAAGCUAAUCUUGAUAAACUUGUUAGCCGUAUUAUCGAGGAGUUUGGAUAUCAACAAGUUGGCCAUAUAAGGGCUAUUAAAACGACAGUUGGUGGAUUUCCAAGGCCGUUGGUGGAUCUCAGUGCUAGUAUUUUUGCUAAGAUAAUGAAUAAUGCGUUUGGAUAUCCUCUGGAUCCUCCGUUUGAUCCAUACGCAAACACCCUGAAUUUCAUGUUGGCUGCAUACGUGAUUCCAUACUAUGGAAUUAACACUUACGUUGGUGCGAAUCCAUUCAUCAAGGGAUGGAAAACCAAAAGGCUGUUAGCAGAUUUAUUAGGAGUAGCAGCAGGGCAGGACGCUGUCAUAAGGAAGUAUCUGUACGAGAGGGCAGAUUAUAAAGUGUACCCAUAUGAUCACACUGUCGCCAAAUAUACAGAGCGUGUCUCAGCGCUGAGCAAUGCAUUAGGGAUGUGCGGCAUUAAAGAUGAAGGUAUCCGUGUGCCUCCAUACUUGGGAGCAGAGAAUCGAACAACCAGCAACUUGUUGUCAGCUGACUAUAAUUCCCUAUCUUACGCUGGAACACCGCGUGAAGUUUUGAGGAUUGUAUAUGCAACUGGGAGCGAACAUGUUCCCGGUGGAUUCUUCCCAAAAGGAGAAAAUGGAAAGAUUGCCAGAGAACUACUACUAUACCAUUACAAAUCAUAA